GGUGCCCUGGGCGGUCGCGCAGCCCCCCCACAAGGCCGGCGCUGGCUACUGGGCCACAUGUGGUUUCUGGAGUGUGCUUUGGCCACCCUUGAAUCUGGUGUUUAUUAGGUUUAGUUAGACCAGUUUUGUCUUUGCGUCUCUCUGGCACUGAAUGAGCAUGUUGAAGAAAAAAUCUUCCCGAAGAAGCGAGAACUUAAUUUACAGAAGGGGUGUGGGUGGGUGUGCGUGUGUGUACACACGCACACCCCUCUUCCGCAAAUGAAUUUCUCGCUUCUUACAUAGAGAGAGGGCUUGGCUAGUAUACUAAAGAUUUUGUCAUUUUGUGUGUUUGUUGUAAAUGACAUCUGUAGGUUUUGAAAAACAAAACACUGUUAAACCUCCAAAGCCAACAUAACCAGCUCUAUAAGUAGCUAUCAGGAAUGACUCUUCUCACAGAAUUUUUGUCUGUUUUUAACAGCUUUAAUUGUAUAAAAUAAUGGCAACUGCUGGUAGUGAGGCACAUAAUCCUCUGGAACCUGGAAUCCCAAAGCUACAGUUUGUUCCCUUCACCAGUGCCUUGGAUGCGGGAUUCUGGCAUGAGCUGACACAGAAGAAACUCAAUGAGUAUAGAUUAGAUGAGACUCCGAAAGGUAUCAAAGGCUACUACUAUAAUGGUGAUCCUUUUGGUCUACCAGCUCGUUUAACAUUGGAGUUUAGUGCCUUUGAUGUGAAUGCUGCCACCCCAGCACACUGCUGUCCUGCUGUCGGAAUGUUAUAUAACACCAACACUUUUGAAUCUUUCAAAUCCUGUGAUAAGAAGUCACUUUUGGAAAAAGCAGCAAAUGAGAUAUGGGAGACGAUAAAAUCGGGGACUGCCCUUGAAAACCCCAUGCUCUUGAACAAAUUCCUGCUUCUGACUUUCGCAGAUUUAAAAAAGUAUCGCUUCUAUUACUGGUUUUGCUACCCUGCUCUCUGCUUCCCUGAUGGCAUACCUAUUGUUCAGCAGGCAGUCUGCCUAGGUGAAAGGUUCUCUCCAACUCAGAUUCAAGCGCUCCAGAAAGCAUAUGAUGAACUUUGCCAGAUGGAAAGAGUUACAGCCUUGCCUUACUUUUUAAUCAAGUAUAAUGACAAGUCUGUUUUGGUGUCACUGCUUAAAAACUGGAAUGAUUUUUUCCAAGAUCAAGAAGAAAAGGUGACAGUUGGAGUUUAUGAUCCCUGCAAUUUUACCCAGUAUCCAGGAUGGCCGCUGCGGAACUUACUGGUCAUGGUAGCACACAAAUGGGGUAGCCACCUCCAUUCAGUUGAAGUGCUCUGCUUCAGAGACAGGACCAUGCAAGGCGUGAGAGACCUAACACACAGCAGCAUCUUUGAAAUAAAGCUUCCACAGAUGCCACAGAGCCCAGUAGAUUGUCCAAAAGCUGUUGGAUGGGAGAAAAACCAAAAAGGAGGCAUGGGUCCAAGAAUGGUGAAUCUCAGUGAAUGUAUGGAUCCUAAAAGGUUAGCUGAGUCAUCUGUGGAUCUUAAUCUUAAAUUGAUGUGCUGGCGGUUGGUGCCUACUCUUGACCUGGAGAAAGUUGUGUCUUCUAAGUGUCUGCUGCUAGGAGCUGGUACACUGGGUUGUUGUGUAGCCAGAACCUUAAUGGGAUGGGGAGUCAGACAGAUCACAUUUGUGGACAAUGCAAAAAUCUCCUAUUCCAACCCUGUACGGCAGCCUCUAUACGAGUUUGAAGACUGUCUUGAUGGUGGGAAGCCUAAGGCACUUGCGGCAGCAGAUAGACUGCAAAAAAUAUUCCCAGGAGUGAAUGCAGAAGGAUUUAACAUGAGCAUCCCCAUGCCAGGUCACCCCGUAAAUUUUUCUGAAGUCACCAUGGAACAGGCUCGAAAGGAUGUGGCUCAUCUUGAACGUCUCAUUGAUGCUCAUGAUAUUAUUUUCCUGUUAAUGGACACUAGGGAAAGUCGCUGGCUUCCUGCUGUCGUUGCAGCCAGCAAGAGGAAGCUGGUCAUCAAUGCUGCGUUGGGAUUUGACACCUUUGUUGUGAUGAGACAUGGACUAAAGAAACCAAAGCAGCAGGAGUCUGGUGAUUCAUGUUCCAACAAUGCCUCCAGCUCUGCUGAUCUCCUGGGAUCAUCGCUCUUUUCAAACAUCCCUGGCUAUAAACUUGGGUGUUACUUCUGCAAUGAUGUUGUAGCACCGGGGGAUUCCACCAGGGAUCGGACAUUGGAUCAGCAGUGCACAGUCAGUCGACCAGGAUUAGCAAUGAUAGCUGGAGCCCUUGCAGUAGAGCUAAUGGCUUCAGUUUUACAGCAUCCAGAAGGUGGUUAUGCUGUUGCUAGCAGCAGUGAUGACAGAAUGAGUGAACCACCUACCUCUCUUGGGCUUGUGCCUCAUCAGAUUCGCGGUUUUUUAUCAAGAUUUGAUAAUGUCCUUCCUGUCAGCCUUGCAUUUGACAAGUGCACAGCCUGCUCUCCCAAAGUCAUUGACCAGUAUGAAAGAGAAGGGUUUAAUUUCCUUGCAAAAGUUUUUAAUUCCUCACAUUCCUUCUUAGAAGAUCUAACAGGUCUGACUUUAUUACAUCAGGAAACUCAAGAUGCUGAGAUUUGGGACAUGAGUGAUGAUGAAACAGUCUGAAAACCAAAUGAAGUGGAAGAUGACCUGCUUUAGGCUGCAAUGAUGUCUUUUAUCCAUCAUUUGACAAGUUAAUGAUUGCUUACACAUUUUGAUUUACAAAUAUAAACAAAUAUAAUCUACAUCUGUGCUAUGAAUGGGACAUUAUCUUGAACUAAAAUAACAGUUCUACUGUGGAUGUAAUUCUCCCCUGCUUUUCAUUUUUAUCCUAUGCAUGAGAUAACUAUCUUGCUAGAGCAAUGUGGUUAUGUUUAAAUCCUCUUUCUAUUUUUUUUUCAGUUUCUAAACAUAGCUUACAUAUAAAAUAUGCCACUUUAAAUAGCCUUUGGUGUUUUCAUUUGUCCCAGUUUUCAUUUUACUUGUCAAUAUAUAGGCCUAAAUAACAUUGUAUUUUUCAUGUUUCAAUGAUUUGUGGCAUUUUAUAAGUAUUUAAUAGUCAGGCUAUAAGAAAAUUCCCCUAUAGAUGGGAAUUAAAUCACAUUGUUAUUUAAGGGAAUUGGGAAAAGGUAACCAAACAUCCACCUACCAAAUUUUUAAUGUGUUAGAUCAUGUUGUAACAUGCUAGCCCCCCUCCUUAUUAUAAUGGAGUUGGUCUUGCAUGUGCAGAUGGGAACAGACAAAGCUUCAGAAUCUUCUUAGAGUCCUGUAAAAGACUUGAGCUUUAGCAUGAUUCCACACUGUGGAUAAAGCAUCAUUUGACAUUGCCUAGCUAGUGAAGACCAAACUCUGUUUAUAUCCUGAUUAGGGACUAUCAUGCUUAUAGCAAGAUCCAUUACACAGUGAAAAUUGUUUUGAAGUUAGGUCCUUAGCUAGAUAAAAGUAUAUAAUGUAAUUGUUUAUAUAUAUAUAUAUAUAUAUAUAUAUAUAUAUAUAUAUAUAUAUAUAUAUAUAUAUAAAUAAAGGCAAUGGUUCUCCAGCUUUGUCAUUCUUAAAUCCCACCACCUAGCAUGUUCAUAGACACCAAAACAGUCCUAACUCUAAUCUUCCAUUGGAGGCAUCUGAAAUGUUUCAUUCUUGCUGGUGCACAAAACCAUAGUUUGAGAACCACAGAGAAAAAGUAUAAUUUAUGAAACUCAAAAUUUUAAAAUAUCAAGUGUAUUACUACUCUAAAUGUAAAGAGAAAUAUAUCUAUUGUUUUGCAUCUUGAAAUAACUAAAAAAAAUUGUUUUAAGCCUC